UAGCCGCGGCGGCGUUCGCCUGCGCAGAGGAGAGCGGCGUGCGCUUGCGCAGAAAAUUGAAGCCGCUCCGGCAGCGUUGGGGAGCAUGCUAGGAGGCUUGGAGCCUGCUUUUCAGCCCAUUUUCAACUCUUGUACAUGCAUAAACUUAAAUCAACUCAGAAGGACAAAGUCCGCCAAUUCAUGGCAUGCACCCAGGCUAGUGAGAAAACUGCUAUCUACUGCCUGACACAGAAUGAGUGGAAACUAGACGAGGCUACAGACAGCUUCUUCCAAAACCCAGAGGCGUUCCACCGAGAGUCUAUGAAGAGCACUGUGGACCAGAAGAAGCUGGAACAGCUGUAUGGAAGGUACAAAGACCCACAGGAUGAAAACAAAAUCGGAGUUGAUGGGAUCCAGCAGUUCUGUGAUGAUCUGAACCUGGACCCUGCCAGCAUUAGUGUUUUGGUCGUAGCGUGGAAGUUCAGGGCGGCCACUCAGUGUGAAUUUAGCAGAAAGGAGUUUGUGGAUGGCAUGACCGAGCUGGGGUGUGAUAGCACGGAGAAACUGAAAGCUCUUCUUCCCAAGCUGGAGCAAGAGCUUAAGGACCCAGCCAAGUUUAAAGACUUCUACCAGUUCACCUUUACCUUCGCCAAGAACCCUGGGCAGAAGGGUUUAGAUUUAGAAAUGGCUGUUGCGUAUUGGAAGUUAGUAUUGUCUGGAAGGUUUAAAUUUUUAGAUCUUUGGAACACAUUUCUGUUGGAGCAUCACAAAAGAUCAAUUCCAAGGGAUACUUGGAACCUUCUCCUAGAUUUUGGAAACAUGAUUGCAGAUGAUUUGUCUAACUACGAUGAAGAAGGAGCCUGGCCUGUCCUUAUAGAUGACUUUGUAGAAUAUGCAAGACCAGUGGUCACGGGUGGGAAACGUGGCCCUUUCUAAGUGAAAAAUCAGAUAGAUGGAGGGUAAGACAAGAUGGACCCUGAAAGGACAACUGGGUUGUUUGCUGUGUGCGUUUGUUGCUGACUUCAGAAGUCUUCCUCGUCCAUUCAUGAAACAAAUCCUUACUCCGCUUAAAGGCUGCAGCGGCUGACGUGUAGAAACGGAGAAGCUCCUCAGGAUGCUAGGGACGUGUCAUCAGAGCUAUUGCUUUAGGAGACGCCUGCAUGACUGGUCUUUACAGAAAGCAACAUAGAACCUGUUGGCAGGGCUGAGAGCAUGCUGUUGAGUUCAUGAUGUCAAGGUGAGCACCAGCGGUUUCCAAAGCUGUGGAGUCACAUUGUAAUUAUGCUUCAAAAUGUCAUCUGUGUCUGCAGAGUGAUGGAUCUCUUACACAAGUCCAAGCUGUUAAAAACGUGCCCUGAUGAAGAUGGCCUUGUCAGAGAGCCUACUGCUUUUAAUCUUGGUAUUCAAGAUUGAUAGUUUUGAAUUCUCAGAUCUCUAGAUAUACUAGAUUUUUUUUAUUUUCUCUAGAAGACAUUGUUGCAAUUUGCACAGGGAUGGCACAGGAUGUAAUCCAACAGGUUCAUUCCAAACUGUUUACAAGCUGGUGGGCCUGUUUUACUUCUAAUAAGGUUAUUAUUAGGCCUGGAUGCUGCCUCCUGAGAAGUUUCUUAUUUUUUUAAUAUAUUUUAUUAUAUUUAAAAGGACAUUUUUCCAUGAGAAAUACUUCUUUUUGAGUGAUAAAUUAGAUUUACAAAUUAAAUGCACUGGUUCCCUUCACCUGUCUAUAAUGUCUUCGGUGCCCAGUGUCCAGCCCUUGGAUAGCCAUAUGCAUUUGGAAGCAAACACACACGUCAUCUGAAAGAGUCUACACCCCAAGCCUCCGUGCUCCUCGUCCGCACCAUGGGACGGCACCAUGCCACUGUGCUGUGUCACCGCCCGCUUUUCUGGUGUUUAUGUGCUCCAGAGCCACUCGUGUGCACAGGCAUGGAGGACCUGGAUACUGUCUGCUCCUCUGGUGUCAAGCUUUGAACAUCACUGUGCUGACCCUACCUCACACUUGCCAAGACUUGGUGUCACAAGCGUGCCUUGCUGCCCGGCCUUCAACGCGGCCAUGGAGCAGAUAUGCUGGGCCCACUUCAGGACUCGGGACUGGUCAGAUGCCUAUGCACAGAAAGCAUGUCCCAGAUAUGCUGUUGGGGCAGCCUCUGGUCACGGGACAUGCUCCUGACUUAGGAAACAGCUCUGAGGUGUGUGUGUGUCCCGUAAUGAGGUGGACUGCUGAUGCUGAACAGGGAUCUCACAGAGGAGGUGGAGGAUUGGAACAGGAGGCCAGUCUCCACAAAGCCAACCCUCACUGUGUGAGAUGACGUCAUUAGUGACUUGUCAACACAGGUCUCUAAAGGGAAAACUGGAACAUCUUUGAGGGUGGAUAUAACCAAACUGACCUAAUGAAAACCUGGAGAAAAAAGCAUCCUUCCAGGCUUUGUGGGUUCCUGACAUGUAGUUAACCUUUGUUCAGAGAAAUUUAUAUAUACAAAUAACUAAAUUCUGAAGGUCUGCAAUAUGCUCUUCUUUUUAAGAUUUAAAAUUCUUCAGGAAGACCAGUGAUAUGAUCCAGCAGGUUAAGGCACCUACUGCCAAGCCUGACAGCCUGAGUUCAAUCCCUGGGAACCACAUGGUGGAAGAGAGAACUGACUCCCACAUGUACCGUGACAUGCAUGUAUCCCCCUGCACACACAUGUACUUACACAGUAAGUUAAGUAAAUAAGUGUAACUUAAAAUUUUAAACUCUAUGGGAUUGUCAAUAGGCUAUGAAGUACUAGUAAUUGAUAAAGGCUUUUCAAAGAAUUGUGCUUUCUGUUCUAUUAUUUACACUUAUUUAACCUGUGCAUGUUACAGAAAUGCUGAAAACUUCAGAAAUAGUAAAUAAAGUAUUUUCCCUGGG